AUGCCAGAAUAUCUCAGAAGGCAUGCCUUCAGAAACAUCGCUGACGUUGAGUUCGAAUUUGAUGACGAAAUCGGGUUUAACUCCAUAUUUUUCUACAACACAUUCGAUAGAGGUGGGUUUGCAGGACAUGAAAACGAGUGGGUGACGGUACGCAACCAGAAGGUAGUAGAGUAUGGAAAGGAGUAUAGCGAUGAUCAAUUGAACUACGUUCUCGAAACUAUGCCUGACGCUAUCCAACUCCCGGUUGAUCAGGAACGUCUGCCACGUAAUGCUCCAGGAUCCAUCUUGCCACAUCAUGUUAAAAGGAUACUUGGGAGGAAGGGGUGGAGUACAAUCUCAAAACGAGCUGGGGAUUAUGGAGCACCUGCAGGACAAGUUUGUGCGUCUGAGAUGUUUGAGGUGUCCAUUGGGGAUGAUAAUAAUUGGAGCAAGUGGUUUCAAGCCAAAAUUUUACUCUGGAAAUAUGACUCCGGUAAUCAAGUUAAAUAUGCCCUUGUUGGUAAUGAUGUAACAGAUAAACUAGCGUAUGUUCAUGAACCAGGGAAUCCGUUAAAGUUUUUAGAUGAGACCAGACUCACUACAUUUUUGUUAACCUCUAGUUAA